GUCGAUCUCCCGCAGAGUUUAAACCACGCGAACCUCCGUUUCCUCCGUCCAGCUACUCCGUAUAUUAACCACAACACGGAGUAUAUCCAAUUUACACCAUUGACGCAACCAAUCGACCUCCAGUUCACCUCUUGACAAAUUAUCCAAUUCAUUCUCUACCAGUCCAUUGUACUCUCGCGACCCUCUCUCACCCUUCGCGACAAGCGUUCUCUCCCUAAUUUCACUCGACCAGUCCUCUUCCAACUACACAGGGACGCCAGACCUCUACGCAACGCAAUAUGGCAGACAUUUUAACACAGCUCCAAGACUGUCUUGACCAGCUCGCGACACAAUUCUACGCUAGCAUUCGCUACAUCAGCACGCAUCACGACUUUUCGCCCGUGGGGGAGCAAGAGAAGCUCAGUUCUACAGAUGUAACGCCGGAUCCUCCGCAAACGUUUCUCGCCGCGCAGCGCGAAUUGGCACGGGACCUGAUCGUGAAAGAGCAACAAAUCGAAUACCUGAUAUCCGUGCUGCCGGGGAUCGGGACGAGCGAGAAAGAGCAAGAAGAGCGAUUAAAAGCCCUUGAGAGAGAACUUCGGGAGGCAGAAGAGGAGCGUCAAGCGGCGGUACAAGAAAAAGAGAAGCUGCUGGAGCGUCUGGACGAGGUGAUUCGGAGUAUACGACGGGUGUGAUCGGUGUAUAAUUUUAUGAUGGGGAUGUAUUCGAUGAGAGGGUGUGUGAAGUGUUGGGCUAUAGAGUCGCAAGGAAAUGCAAAAGGGAAAAAGGCGGGGUGGGGGAGAAGGAAAUGGAAAAGAGAAAAGGGAAAAGGGACAAACAUGGCAGAAAGCCGGCGUUACUGGGAAGGUAUAAAACCAAGGGUGUCUUUCUUCGUUUUCGAUCUACCUAUGUGUCGAUAUGGUAUUGCAGCAUUACGAGAGCGUUACAGGCAAUUUGCCUGUGGGUUUUAUAUUGACGAAUUCACGAUGAGACAUAUCUCCAAUAUCUCCAUC